AAAUUCCAAAAGUCUUUUAUGUUAUGUGGAGAACCAGUAUAUAUAAAAUUAAACCAGAAUUACUCUUUAUUCAAAAGUUCUUCCCCCUUGGACCAAAUCCAGUUAACUCACUGUGACAAUUCAUCGAACACUUUGUAUACACAUCCAUUCACUGUUACUUCAAUCACUGCUAAACCGCACCGCAACCGAAACGGAAGCUCCAAAAAACCCUCAAAAAAGCCUAUCAUGAUUCUCUGUUGGUAAACUUAAAUGAAGGAAAAUGGAGCUACAGAACACAGUGAAAGAAGCCCUAAAUGCACUGUACCAUCAUCCAGACGACGCCGUUCGUAUGCAAGCCGAUCGAUGGCUACAGGAUUUUCAACGUACUAUUGAUGCUUGGCAGGUGGCUGAUAAUCUGCUUCAUGAUGCAUGUAGCAAUCAAGAAACUUUAAUAUUCUGUUCUCAAACUCUACGAAGCAAGGUUCAACGGGAUUUUGAAGAACUGCCUUCUGAAGCUUUUCGUCCACUACGGGAUUCCUUGAACACCUUGUUGAAAACAUUUCAUAAGGGUCCCCCAAAAGUUAGAACACAGAUUAGUCUUGCAGUGGCUGCUUUGGCGGUUCAUGUGCCUGCAGAUGAUUGGGGAGAAGGUGGUAUUAUAAACUGGCUGAAGGAUGAAAUGAAUUCUCAUCCAGAGUUUAUACCGAGUUUUCUGGAGCUUCUUAGAGUUUUGCCUGAGGAGGAAUUUAACUACAAGAUAGCUGCUCGUCCAGAUAGGCGACGCCAGUUUGAAAAAGAACUUGCUUCUGCUACUGAGACUGCACUUAAUAUCUUGACUGCCUGUCUGAAUAUCAAUGAACUUAAGGAACAGGUCCUAGAGGCAUUUGCUUCUUGGCUACGGCUAAGGCAUAGGAUACCUGCAUCUACCCUUUCUUCACACCCUUUAGUGCUUGCAGCUCUCUCAAGUUUGAAUGCUGAAAUUUUGUCUGAGUCCUCCGUUAAUGUUAUUUCUGAAUUGAUACACUACACGGCAGCAAGAAAUUCUGGUGGAGUUUCGGUACAGUUGCCCUUGAUUCAAGCAAUUGUUCCUCAAGUUAUGAGUCUGAAACCUCAGCUCAGAGAUCCUUCAAAGGAUGAGGAGGAUAUUAAAGCCAUUGCUCGUUUAUUUGCUGACAUGGGGGAUGCAUAUGUUGAAUUGAUUGCCACUGGUUCUGAUGAAUCAAUGCUGAUUGUACAUGCAUUACUUGAAGUUGCUUCACAUCCUGAGUUUGAUAUUGCUUCCAUGACUUUUAACUUCUGGCACAAUCUUCAGAUGAUUUUGACAGAAAGGGAGUCAUAUAGAGCUUUUGGCGAUGAAACUUCCAUUGAGACCGAGAGAACUCGUAGGUUGCAUGUUUUCCGUUCAUCAUAUGAAUCACUCGUCUCCUUGGUUAUUUUCAGAGUUCAAUAUCCUCAGGAUUACUUGGAUCUCUCCUUGGAGGACCAGAAAGAUUUUAUGCAGACAAGAUAUGCUGUUGCAGAUGUCUUGAUUGAUGCAGCAUUGGUUUUAGGAGGUGAACCUAUGUUGAAAAUUCUCUAUAUGAAGCUAGUUGAGGCCAUCAGUCACUGUGGACAAGAUCAGAAUUCUGAUUGGCGUCCUGCAGAGGCUGCCUUGUAUUGUAUCCGAGCUAUAUCAGAUUAUAUUUCUGAUAUUGAAGCCGAAGUGAUGCCGCAGAUUAUGUCUUUGCUUCCUAAGCUGCCUCAUCAGCCCCAGCUACUUCAGACAGUGUGUUUAACGAUCGGAGCUUAUUCAAGGUGGCUUAAUGCUGCAUCAAGUGGACUCUCAUUCUUGCCCAUGCUCAUUGAUAUUCUUGUGAGUGGCAUGAGCAUGCGUGAAGAUUCUGCAGCAGCUGCUGCUUUAGCUUUCAGACACAUAUGCAAUGAUUGCAAGGAAAAGCUUUGUGGGUCCCUAGAUGGUCUGUUUCAAAUUUACCAAACGGCAGUCAAUGGGGAAGGUCCCUUCAAAGUUUCUGCUGAAGAUUCGUUGCAUCUGGUUGAAGCUUUAAGUAUGGUUAUCACAGAACUUCCUUCAGAACAUGCUAAGAAGGCCCUUGAGGCAGUAUGCUUGCCAUCUGUUGCUCCAUUACAAGAGAUAAUAAAUCAAGGUCCCCAAGUUUUGGGGCAAAAAACCGCUCGCGAAUUAACAGUUCAUUUUGAUCGACUUGCAAAUAUAUUCAGAUAUGUAAAUCACCCAGAAGCAGUUGCAGAUGCAAUUCAAAGACUUUGGCCAAUUUUCAAAGCCAUUUUCGAUGUUCGUGCUUGGGACAUGCGGACAAUGGAGUCUCUUUGCCGGGCUUGUAAAAAUGCUGUUCGAACUUCUAAGAGGCUCAUGGGAGUUACAAUCGGUGCGAUGCUGGAGGAAAUACAAGGACUAUAUGGACAGCAUCACCAACCGUGUUUCCUUUAUCUCUCUAGUGAAGUCAUUAAGAUAUUUGGUUCAGAUCCAUCCUGUGCAAAUUACUUGAAAGUUCUCAUUGAGUCUCUAUUUAGCCAUACAGCAUGUCUUCUUACAAAGAUUCAGGAUUUCACUUCCCGUCCGGAUAUAGCAGAUGAUUGUUUUUUGCUGGCAUCAAGAUGUAUCCGAUACUGCCCUCAACUAUUUUUCCCUUCUAGCGUGUUUCCAUCAAUGGUGGAUUGUGCCAUGGUCGGCAUCACCGUGCAGCACAGGGAGGCUUGCAAUUCAAUAUUGAACUUUUUGUCCGACAUAUUCGAUCUUGCAAACUCUACUCUGGGAGAAAAUUGCUUAUCCAUAAGGGACACUGUAAUUAUUCCUCGAGGGCCCACUAUCACCAGAAUUUUGAUUGCUUGUCUAACUGGAGCGCUUCCUACUUCACGACUAGAAACAGUAACUUAUGCUCUAUUGGCAUUGACCCGGGCAUAUGGGUUGAAAGCUCUAGAGUGGGCAAAGGAAUGUGUGUUCUUGAUUCCAUCAACAGCUGUUACAGAAUUGGAAAGGACUAGAUUUUUACAAGCUUUAUCAGAUGCAGCCUCUGGAGCGAAUAUGAACGGUCUGGUGGUUCCUAUUGACGAGAUUUCAGAGGUUUGUCGGCGUAAUCGAACUGUUCAGGAGAUAGUUCAAGGAGCUUUGAGGCCACUUGAUCUGAACAUUGUAGCUGUAUAAUAGUGGAGAGGGUGCAGAAGGGCCUUUUUAACCUCUUCCCUUCAGUCCAGGCGAUAGUUUCCCAUGAUUCUUUGGAGGCCUGAUUUCAUUGUUUGUCCAUUACAGCGGCUUGCGCAUUUAUACGAGUUUGUGCGGUAAAAGGGUGUUGUAUUAUUGUUACUACUUUUUCUACUUGUGGUAACUGAUAGGGGAACUCAAGUAGAUUCAGUUUCCUUGGUUUGACCCUUUCAUGUUUGGUCCUUCUUCGUUUUAAUGGGGAUUUUUCGAGGGUGGGGAGUUUCCAGUUUUGAGGUUUAAUCGUGGAGUCAAUGUAUAAGCUUUUUGCAUUUGGUGAAAUUUUCCAGCUUAAUUGUGUAUAGAAGAAUGUGCAGACAAUAAAUUUGCUUUCAGUUUAAUAGAUGAAUGUCUACCAUGAUGGUUGUCUUA